AUGGGAUGCAGUAUAUGCAGAACUAGGCUGAACUUCGGGAGAGCGCUGUCCAAGGCAUCGCUGCCAUUUACAAUGCUCUUGCUUUCUGCAUGUCUUUUCUACUGUUUAACGGGAUUGUGCGACUCUGCGCCGAAAAUCGGCAAUCAGCUAAUGUUAUUAAGAUAUAAUGGGCCGGAUAAAGCGCAGUUCGUAGCUAUCUCUCAUCACAUGGAACCUCCAAAAAACAGGACCGCGUCCGCAGCAGUCACGCUGUCCGCUCGGUUUGUCAGCGCACUUUCACAGCCCCUGGUCCCGGAAAACAGCCUACUCGAGACUUUCGCCAAAAGCGGAAUCUUUGUUUCAAACACUUAUGGUAGUAAGAAAUUUCCUCAGGCUGUAAUAAUCGGAGUUAAGAAAGGGGGCACGAGGGCACUGCUGGAGUUUCUACGCGUUCACCCUGACGUCCGUGCAGUGGGAGCCGAACCGCAUUUCUUUGACAGAUUCUAUGACAAAGGACUUGAGUGGUACAGAAACCUGAUGCCAAGGACCCUUGAUGGGCAGAUUACCAUGGAGAAAACGCCCAGCUACUUUGUCACCAAAGAGGCCCCAUCCCGGCUCUGCGCCAUGAGCUGUGAGACCAAACUCAUCGUGGUGGUGCGGGACCCAGUGACCCGAGCUGUGUCGGACUACACCCAGACUCUGAGCAAGAAUCCUGAGCUGCCCUCCUUCCAGAGCCUGGCAUUCAAGAAUGUGAGCUCAGGGGCCGUGGACACCACGUGGAGUGCCGUGCGCAUCGGUAUGUAUGCCCAGCACCUGGACAACUGGCUGCGUCACUUCCCACUCUCACACCUCCUGUUUGUAAGUGGUGAGAGGCUGGUGAGCGACCCAGCCGAGGAGAUGGGCCGCGUGCAGGAUUUCCUGGGCCUUAAGCGCAUCAUCAGUGACAAGCACUUCUACUUCAACCACACCAAGGGCUUCCCCUGCUUGAAGAAGCCAGAGGGCAGCAGCAGACCCCGCUGCCUGGGGAAGUCCAAGGGCAGGACUCACCCCCGCAUCCCCACCGAGGUGCUGCACAAGCUCAGGGAGUUCUAUAGGCCUUUCAACCUCAGGUUCUACCAAAUAAGUGGACAGGACUUUGGCUGGGAAUGA